CCUACAUGUAGCUCUUGUGCAGAGAGACCUUGAAACGCAACGUUUCCAACCAAGACGAGCCACAUCCAAAAGGCUAAAGAGGGAAGUGUAAUUCAUAAAACCACGAGAAGAGGCCCGGAGGAGGUUGUAAAAGGCAGAAGUGGAGCAUCCAGACAUGCCCAGAGGCCUCAGCUGCUUGGCGAGCCCAGAGGGGGCUGGCGGCAGGUAUGAGACCCCCCCGGCUUCGGAACUCAAAAGACUGAUGUGGACAAAGAGUGGGGCCAACAACCAUCUGGAUGAGGUUCAUCCCAGGAUCUAUAUUGGAGACAAGAACGCAGCCACAGACAAGAGGACACUCCAGGCUCACCACAUCACCCAUGUACUUAACGCUGCUGAUGGGAAGUUCAAUGUGAACACGGGGGCCAGCUUCUACCGAGAUACCAAAAUCACUUAUCAUGGAGUGGAAGCUUAUGACAUGCCAUGCUUUGACUUGAGUCCCUUCUUUUACUCAGCGGCCAAUUUUAUCAAGAACGCUUUGAGCUCGCCCACAGGUAAAGUGUUUGUCCACUGUGUGAUGGGUAUCAGCCGUUCGUCCUCCUUGGUUCUGGCCUACCUGAUGAUCCACGAGAACAUGACGCUGGUGGACGCAAUCAAAGCUGUCAGCGCCAACAGGAACAUCUCACCUAACACUGGCUUCCUGGAGCAGCUCCGAGAGCUGGACAAAAAGCUGCACUACCAGGGAUCAUCGAGUGUCAACAGGCGGACUUGAUUUAAAAUCCAUCAGUCUAUGCAUUUGGGUUAUAUUGCUGGUUCCUGUCGAUAUCUGAGUUUUAAUUAGAUAUUACAACAAAGAUGUAACUGUAAAAACAUGUUCUAAUUGUCUUUUCUUUGUGAGAUAACUAUCAUUUUUGUGAAGAAAUUAAAGUGUCUUAUACUAUUUAAA